UCGGCGAACGCCGGGUCACGCUACGCAGCCGCGUCCCGAUUGGCCGUAAGACGAGACGGAAGAUGACACAAACGUCCCGGCCCGACUCGGCGAGCGAGGUCGGGCGGCACCGCUCCACGCGUACGCAGCGCUGCUCUCACGAUGUCGUCGGGCUUGAGAGACGAUCCUUCCGCCGCGUACGACUCGGCCGACUACGCCAACUGGUCGCUGGAGGAUUGGCAGCAGACGGAGGACGACUACGGCGACGGCGGCUCCGAGUGGUGCGAGGCGGGCCGACGGGAGUCCGCCAUCAAGGUGUUCCAGACGUGCGUCUUCGCCGCCAUCUUCCUGUCGGGCGUGGCGGGCAACGUUCUGGUGAUGUCGACGUUCGCGGCGUACCGCCGCCGCCGGCGCUCCGCCACGGACGCGUUCCUGUUCCAGCUGGCGCUGGCCGACCUCCUGCUGCUGCUGACGCUGCCGCUUCAGGCGGCCGACACCAACGUGGGUUGGAUCUUCUCGGCGCCGGCGUGCAAGGCGGUGCGCGCCGUCUACGCCGUCAGCACGUACAGCGGGCUGCUGCUGCUGGCGUGCAUCGGCGUGGAGCGCUACCUGGCCGUGGUCCGGAGCCGGCGCACGGCGCGCCGCCGCUGCCGCUCGCCGGCGGUCGGGAGGGCGGCGGCGGCGACGGUUUGGCCGGCGGCGACGCUCUUCGGCCUGCCCGAGAUCUUCUAUUCCGGCGUGUCGGGCUCCGGGGCCGACGCCUACUGCGGCACGCUGGGCGGCGCCGACGUCAAAACGGCCGCCGACGGCACUGUGAUCGGCGUCUUCGCUUUGUCCUUCCUGGUGAUGGCGGUGUGCUACUCGGGCAUCGCUCGCGUCUUGCGGGCGGGCAGCGGCGGGGCCAAGCGCUGGCGCCGCCGGCGCACGCUGAAGCUGAUGCUGGCGCUGGUUCUGCUCUUCCUGCUCUUCCAGCUGCCCCACAGCGUGGUUCUGUCCGUCAAGAUGGCGCGCCCGCUGUGCGCCCUGCUGCCGGAGUACGUCACGCGCACUCUGGCGUACGCCCGCUGCUGCCUCAAUCCCGUCAUGUACGCCCUGGUGGGCCAGCGCUUCCGCGGAGACGUGCUCGAGCUGCUCGGCGCACGCCGGCCGGGCGAUCGGGCCGGCGGCGCCUCAGUGUCGCCGCCCGCUCCCAUGUAA